AAUUUAACCCAAAUUUUCUCGUUCUCUUCUCAGCUUCCUUUCUUCUGUGGUUGUUAUACCCAACUUGUUUCGUUUCUCCUCCACCUUCUCUUUGCCUGACAUCACUCGGGGUCGAUGCUGUGGUACUGAUAGUCGAACUCCUCGAUGCCAGAUUUUGCAUUCUUCUUCACAGCCACCACAUAAUGGGCAGCAUAGAUAAUAAGAGAAGUUGGAAUUCACUGACGAACGCUAUGAAUCCCUGCACUAAUAUUGUGAACUCCGUUCAAGUUCCUUUUCCUUUGUUCAUCAAGUCUUUUAGAUCAGUUCCAUCGUUCAAAUGCCUCUGCAGUAGCUCAGAUGAAAAGGGAAGUGACGAUGUGAAGGACCCACUGUAUGGGUUGGUUGACAAGCAAGUUCAAGAACUAUUGAGCAGAAAAGAGAACAAGAUUUUGCUAGAUGGUUUAGAGAAGGCGUCGCAGCGGGUUGAGAUGGCUAAGAGAGAACUUGAAUUGAUCCAAAAACAAGAAUUAGCUGUCAAGCAGUUGAAGGAUUACGUCAACCAACUGGAAGGCGAAGUUCUCGAGAUUGAAGAAUGUCAAAGAGACAUAUCAGAGGCAAAAGCCCUGGUGGAGAAAGCAGAGCAGUCUCUGUUGGUAAAUAUGGGAGGCCCUGAAGGUGGCGGUACAUCCAUGGGGAUGAAAAGUGAAGAAACUGAUCGAGAUGAAGAGAGAUGGGAGUCAAUAAAAACAGCAUCAAUUUCUGCCCUUGUUGGUACCGUUUCAGGUCUCCCCAUAUGUUUCACUCAAGUCACCGACACAACUCAGCUGCUUCUUCCUUUGACAAUCAACUUCAUUAGUUGUGCAUUGUUUGGAGUGACUUUUCGUUACACUAUAAGGAGAAACUUGGAUGAUGUUCAACUUAAAACUGGGGUUGCAGCAGCUUUUGGUGUUGUUAAAGGUCUCGGAACCCUAAGUGGUGGACCACUCCUUGAACCAAACUUUCAAAGCUUCUUAUCACAUGCCCAAGACGGAACAAUUUAUUAGAUAAAUGACUUGACACCACUUGUCUACGUACACGAAUUCAUCUCAAAUGUAUUCCAUGGUAUCACAAUAUACUACAAGUUUUCUUAACAACCUUGGGAAAACCCUCCCUUCACUAUUUUUCUGACAAACUUGAUAAAUCCUCCCAUUACAAAACUAUCCUUUAUCUCUUAAGAUUGUGAACUUCUAUCUUUAGAUUUGGUGCAAACUUUAGAAACCCUACCCUCGAUCUCUACUUAAGGUGGUGAACCCGUAUAUCUUUAUGUUGGUUAUCUUUUCACAUAAUCCUUUUAUAUAUGUUCCAGAAAUCUUACCACAUUGCAUUUCGAAAAUCUCCAUCUAAAAAUUUUAUUUUUGGACUUUUGUUUUGAAAAUUUUAUUCGGAAAAUUAUAUCAUGGAAAAAUUGUUCUAGAAAAAUUCCAAAAAUGGUAAUUUGGAAGUUAUUUUUACAGACUAAAAUAGUUACGUUGAAAAUUUGGAGAUGCGCCAAGAAAUUGUGAGAGUGCAAGAAGAAAAAGAAAAA